ACACGAACAACCUUGGUUUAGAACACGAGUAGCUUCAGUCACAGUUUGUAUUUAACAACAAUGUUAUAUGAGGAGAUUUUAUGACGUUACGCGUGUUGAGAUUUCAUGAUAUCGUCCAAUGUUUCUGACAGGAAUUAACUACUCCAGCCUGUCCAGGUGAAUCCUCUGUCCUGGCCCUGAAAUGUCUCUGCCAAAGCUCACCCAUCUCCCUCAGGUGAGGCUGCUGACCUCCAUCCACCCUCAGCAGCUGCUCCUCCCCCCCGUCCCUGCUCUCGCUGUGCCCCGCAGAGCUCUGGUCCAGGGUGAAUACCGGCGUCCCGGCCAGCCCAAAGACAACAGGCUUCCAUGGCAGAAGAUCACCUUUAACUUAUCAAAGGGUCUGGAGGGAAUAAAGAAGCAUCUGGGACUUUUGAAGCUGGAUUUGACUGAACGCUGGGUUGGUCCAGAGGGCAAACCAAUCCUGGAGCACAUGCUGGAGCAGAACAGAGUGGUUUGGGAAUUCCGAGGUCCGGAAAGCUUGAAUGAGUGGACCGUGUCCUGUGACCAUGAGAUAGGAGGCCACAGUGAAGCUUACCUCAAGCUCGGCAAGCACAACACCGGCUUUCUGUACGGGACCCUGAGUUCAGUUCCACCGAGAGACGGAGAAACACGCUACAGUGGAUACUGCUCCAUGCGCUCAAAGCAGCCACUGGGUUCAUUUGACAGGAAGAAGUUUCACGAUUGGACCAAUUUCAACACGCUGCAUCUGCGUGUCCGUGGUGACGGCCGGCCGUGGAUGGUCAACAUCGCAGCGGAAACUUACUUCUCGCACCAAAAGGAUGAUCUGUACAGUUAUUUCCUGUUCACCAGGGGAGGGCCUUACUGGCAAGACGUUAAAAUACCUUUCUCCAAGUUUUUUCUGUCACAUCGAGGAAGGAUACAAGAUGACCAGCAUUGUCUCUGGUUGGACAAGAUUAAGACCAUUGGGUUCACUUUGGGAGACAAAGCAGACGGCCCGUUUCAGCUGGAGAUCGACUACAUCGGCGUGUGUAAAGACUACGCUCACACUGAGGAGUUCGCCUACGAGGUGUACAAGAGGAAUCCUGAAGUGUGAGAACGACCACGACCUGUACCAAGCUUGGAGAACACCGACAUCCCGUCCAAGUUCUGUUUUAUAAUAAAUAAAGACAUUAAAAUUCUAAAAACAUAAGAAAGUGGAAUUUAUUUCAUAAGAAUAAAAAAACAGAAAUCC